AGGAAACAUACUCAUUUAAUGUAUGUCCACACUCCACAGCUUUAUUUAACAUUACUUUGAUCAAUUUUAAUUGUCUUUCUUUUAUAGCUCUUCACAACAACACUUAUAGACUUGUGGGCCAAAUGUUGGCAGUUUGUCUCAUCCAUGGAGGGGUGUCGCCACACUUUUUUUCCAAGAGGCUUUUUAAUCAAGUCUGUGGUCUUCCACCUAGUCCAGCAACCAUUGAAGAGGUGGUAGACCACAGCCUUAGGGCAAAACUGGAGAAGGCAAGUUUGGAAGUCAUUACACACUUUACACACCUGUCUCUGGCCAAUAAAUGUUCAAGUAUUUGGUAGUGGCUACUCUCUAUUUCUUUUUAUAAUUUCAGAUAAGCAGUGCAGUAGCGCUACAGGAUGCAAGGCAGGCUGUCAAUGAAGCGGCCGAAGAGUUGGCAAUGAUGGGAGCCCUACGGCACCUCCGCUCGUUGGACCACAGGGGGGAAUUGAUGGAAGCUGUCCUCCAGUUCCACUGUGAAGGCCGAAUCUAUGCAGCCCUCCAACAAUUCAAAGAAGGACUAACUUCACUUGGUGUCCUGGAUGAAGUCACCUCACAUCCACAAGACUUUGAAAAAGUCUUCCUCCAGGACACAACAACCCUAAAGGCCAGCGACAUUGUGGGGGUGUUCCAGGCCAGAUGCCGAUCCCUCCCAUCAUCAAAUAGGAGGCGGUUGGAAGCCAGGACCAUUGUAUUCUGGAAAGACUGGCUCCUGGAGGUGGAAGGUGGACUUGCUGGACCAAUCACACUGGAGCAGGUCCUAAUUUUUGGAACAGGUCUCCGCAGAAUCCCAGCAAUGGGCUUUUCAGUGCAGCCUGAGCUGGCAUUUUUACACCCUGAAGAUGGACAUGCCAAGUUUCCCCAGGCCAACACCUGCGCGUUGGUGCUACAUCUACCCGUGGGUCAAACCUACAGUAUAUUCAAAACUAACAUGGAGCUUGGGAUAGGCUCUGCACAGCAGUUUGGGUUGGCCUAAAUGGUGUCUAUUUGUCUUUUCACUUUUGGAGUGAAGUUCUCAGGAUUUGUUCAUUUGUUCAUAGUUGUUUUGUUUUUUUCUGUUCAUAUUUUCUGUUCACAAACCUCACAUUAGUUUAGUUUUAAAAAAAGAAGUAAAUUGUAAUUGUCAUGUAUUGGUACAAAAUUUGUAUGAAAAUGCUAACUUAAUAUAAAUACAAUAUUAUGUAAAAUUAUAUCACACAAAGUGUAACCUAUUUAUUGUAGUUGAGUAAAAGUGUGGAUAACUAUAUAUAUAUAUAUAUAUAUAUAUACACACACACACACACACACUAGUAUUAUAGUGCUUUAUUUCUUUUAAGAAGCAAUUCAAUUGUUUGUUUCAAAUUAAACUGAACCAAUGCUUUAAUGGCCUGUUCCCAUAUACUCCCUCGUUCUGUCCUCAUUAACCGACAGGUUUUGCACUUAUCAAGUUACUUUUAGUGGCUACCAGUGUAACAUUAUUACCAUGACCAGUUAUGAAGUGCCCUAGGUUGUAAUUGACAAAUUGGGCAACUUUAAUCCAGAUCCAACUGUUUGUGGGUUUUGUUGUGCCUUUUCAUGAAAUUAAUUAUAAUAUAAAUUUUAAAUUAUGCUAUAGAGUUUUCGUUUUUAUUAAUCGAGUUUCAACAACUGCCUCUGAUUGGUUAUUCCUUGCCUAAAGUUGGGGUUAGAGUUAGCCAAUCAGGCAGAUUCGGAGGCAGGCCUCGACAGAAAGCCGGUCAAAGCAAGAAGUGUUUUCAGAACUACUAGCAAAAAGUUACUUGUAUACGAAAACUCAUCUGUCUAAAGUGAAUUUGCAUUUCCCAGGUAAGUUGAUGUAUACUUGGCCAGAACAAUGUUUAACGUGGUAAAAAUAAAGUUCUGUAAGUACUUAUUUGCGACUCGUAAUUGUUACUGCUCAGUUAGCAGAUGAGGGAACGUUCAUGCCGCCGCCAUUGCUGUAAGUUAACAUUAGUUUGAGCAUCGGCUUGUAGCCUGGAAUGAGACCUCGUGAGACCCCCUCGCUCAUACCAGCAUUGCGUUAAUGUUACAACUAAAUGGGAUUUAUCAUGUUAUGUCAAAAAACAGUGUUAAGUUAAACAACAUUUAGUUGUGCAGGCAGACUCUUGAAUUAAUGAAAAAUAUUAAUUACCCUUCAUAGCUUUUAGUGGAAACUUUUAUUUUGUGUAUUUGUAGUAUUUUCGUGUGUAUUUUGAGAAUCUCAGAUUCUGUGUACAAGAGGGAAACGGGAACUCUGUAAAGUAAUUGUAAACCUCGUGAUAUUUUUGCAUUUGGUCAAAGCCAAGUUGAUGGGUGGGUGGUACCAAAGACACAGAAGAACUCUCAGUUGUCCUUCUAAACUCAAUUCAGACAGACAUCUGAAAGAAGUUAUGGCUCGGAGGACCUUCAUCUUGCGGUGCAGGCACAUUCUUCAAGACUGUACACGGCGUCUGUUGAUGGACGAUGUUGGAUCUGGUGUGCAACUCUUAACAUUGACGAGGCUAGAGACAAUGCACAGAAGCCUCCAGUGGGCAAGGGGAAGACUGAUCAAUGUCACAGCUGCAGACCAACUUCUCAGCGACUUGGCUGAAUUAAUUCAGGAGGUCAGAAUGUCUUCUCAGCCCGGGCAACAGGGUAGUUUUGGCUACCAGGCACCGCUGGUUUUGAGUGGAGGUAGAGGUCGACCACAUUACUGUGUCACUCGGGAACAGCUGUCAUUCUUAAGGUCAUGUGGCUUCACUGCACCCCAGAUGGCAGAUAUUCUGCAUGUGUCUGUGCGUACAGUUAGACGACGUUUGAGACAGUUACACUGCACUCGCGCUUCAUUGUAUGCAGACUUGACCGAUUCUGCCCUAGAUGAACAUGUGCAAGACAUUGUGGCUGGCAAUGACCUAGUUGGUCCUGAGGCUGUGAGGGCAUCGCUGCAUGCAAGUGGACUCCGUGUGCAGAGAAGGAGAGUGCGAGCAAGCAUGAUUCGAUUAAAUCCUGGAGCUGCUGCGCUUCGAGCAGUUCUGCAGAGACCAGAGCGACGGUCUUAUCAGGUGGCAGGUCCAAACUCAUUGUGGCACAUUGAUGGAAACCACAAGCUGAUAAGGUGGCGGAUAGUUAUUCAUGGGGCUAUAGAUGGGUUUAGUCGCCUUGUGGUCUUCCUGCGUGCCUCCAACAACAACCGCAGCAGCACUGUGUUGGACAGCUUCAUCAGUGCUGUGAUCCACUAUGGCAUACCCUCCAGGGUCAGGACGGACAGAGGAGGUGAGAACAGCGCAGUCUGGCUGAUGAUGAACAUCUACAGAGGCUUUGACCGUGGCAGUGCUCUCCGAGGCCGGAGUACCCACAAUCAGAGAAUUGAGAGGCUCUGGGGUGAUCUCUGGCGUGGACUGACGAAUGUCUAUUAUGACUUAUUCCACCAUCUGGAGAGCGAGGGCAUCAUUAAUGUUGACAGUGAGAGGGACCUCUGGGCUCUCCAUUAUGUCUAUCUGCCAAGGAUCAACCGGGACUUAAACGACUUUACAAAUCAAUGGAAUAACCAUGGUUUGAGAACAGAGAGACACAUGAGCCCACUACAGAUUUUUGUUAGAGGCUGCCUUGAGCAACAGGGCCGACCAUCAACUGCCAUGCAGGACAUCUUUGUGGCCAGUGCUGCUGGUGGUGGUGGUCAAGAAGCUGCUGCUGGUGGUGGUGGUCAAGAAGCUGCUGCUGCUGCAGCUGGUGGUGGUCAAGAAGCUGCUGCUGCUGCAGCUGGUGGUGGUCAAGAAGCUGCUGCUGGAAUUCCUAGGACAGAAGAGCUGGAGUUGCUGCUAGACUGGCCAGAAAGACGGAUUACUGUGCCUGACAUCCAGUACAUGUUGGAAGGUCCUGUAAUGGAGGAAGUGCAAGCACGGUUCGACCCACUCAGUGGCCCCAGAGGAAAUCAUGGCAUACAGAUUAUCCGUGAUCUUGUAUCCUUUUUGGAUUCAGCGUUGGGAUCACAGGGACUUCACAGAUGAAGAUACAACGUGGAUGGCACCACUCAGAUGACUGGGAAGCCUAUCUGUCCCCAUCUCUUAAAAGAAGAGUAUCACCACAGCAGCCCCACUGUGCGCAUCCAGCCAGCCAGUUAAAGAGCUGAAGUUCAAACAGCCCCAAGAACUGAAGGUUUUGCCCAAGAACUUCCACUCACCCUACGAUGGACUGGACCACGAGUGAUGCCCGUCACCAGCUGGAGCCUCA